AUGGCUCAUGAAAAUGAACUUCCACAUUUCCCAGGUGUUCUAGCUUUUCCAAAUUUUGCCAUCGAAAAUGUGGACUCCCUUCUGGAAAAUGCCUCCAUUCAUACAUUGGUCGCCAUAAUUACCGUGACUGUCGCACCUCGAGCUUCCUUGAUUGGAGAUCCUAUCAUCAUUAACUCCAAUCCGGUUGUGCAUCCUUUUGUGUUGUCUUAUAGAUCUACACAUCGGUGGGAAUUAUUGACCACUGGAAAACCCAAGCUGGACUUUGAGACAGUGUCUCUCUACUCCCUGGUUCUCUAUGCCAAAGAUGACCAAGGGGCUACUGCCUCACAGACCAUUGGAAUCCAGAUUGCAGAUGUGAAUGAACCACCCACCUUCACUGGAUCACUUGCUCAGGAAGACCAAGUUACUGAAAUUUAUAUCCUGGAAGACACUGCCCUAGGCACAGUCAUUUACAGAGCAGUGGCCACGGAUCCAGGAGAGAUUGCUGUUUUGGAGUACUCCGUUUCCCCAGAGGGCUCUGGCUUCACAAUCAACAGUGUUGGAACAAUUUCUACAGCAGCAGUUUUUGAUUUUGAAAGUGAAGCGAGAAGUUUCUCAUUAGUUAUUAAGGUGGUUGAUCCUGGAGGACUGUUUACUGUUGGGAAUUUAAAGAUUUUCCUCAUCAAUGUUAACAACAAGGACCCUAUUCUUACAUGCAGUUUGUUCGGCAUUGAAAACUCUCUCUUGAAUGUUACUUCUGUAAACUCAACUCUGAACAAUAAAGUGGACAUCACACUGAACGAAGAAAUGCCAAUUGGUAAUACAGUUGGAAUAUGCCAGGCAACUGAUGAAGAUAAUUUGGGAGGCUUAACUUUUCAACUAGAUCCACAGAAUGUUUACUUUGCAAUUGACAAAGACCAUGGGACUGUUGUUAUUGCUUCUCACCUUGAUGUGGAACGAGGUGGGUUUCCACGUAUUCAGUCUUUCUUCAUUAAGGCUUGUGACCAAGACCAGCGGUGUGCACAAAUUUCAGUGACUACCUAUAUUCGUGGCAUUAAUGACAACAAACCUUUCUGUGAUCAAUAUCUGAUUAGGUACACAGGUAUAGAGGUGAUUGAAAAAGAUACAAUAGUUGCAAAACUCUUGUGCCAUGACCUGGAUGAGCCACCAGAUAACAUACAGUAUGUUCCAGGCUUGGGGCCAAUUGGUGCGGGACAACUCUUUGUGCAAGUACCAAGUGCUGAAAAUGUUAUCCAGGUUUCUAAAGAAUUGGAUUAUGAAAACCCAGAGAUAAUUGCAGCUGGACAUAUCUACAAAAUGACAGUUUUAGUAUUUGAUCACCUACAUUCCUCACACACAGCAACUGUGACUGUCAUCGUAGAGAUUGCUCCCGCCAAUGAGUUUAGCCCUGUAUUUAAAGUCUCACACUAUUCAUUCUCUGUUCCAGAAACAUCAGGAGCUUUCUACAAAGUUGGAAGAGUAACUGCCAUUGAUGAAGACUACCCAAGCUGUGUAAAGUACAAGAUAACCAAUGGUGAUUUACAGAUUAUACAAAGAUUUUGGAUUCAUCCUCUUUCUGGCAUGAUUGAACUCAUGACACAAGCAGACUACGAGACUGUGAAGCAAUAUAACCUCACUGUGGAAGGUGUGGACUGUGACAAAUUUCAUCCUCGCACAGCAACGACUAUGGUCACCAUUGACAUCAAAGAUGAGAAUGACGAAGCGCCCAUCUGUACACCUUCUCUAUAUAAGACAGUCAUUUUUGACAGUGUUGCUGCUGGAACAAAUGUCAAUGGCUUCAAGUUAAGCUGCCAUGACAGAGAUUCACAAGAUUUUGAAAUGCGCUUUGAGAUGGUUUCUGGAAAUGAGAACAAUCAUUUUGGCUUUGACCCAACUCAUGGUUCAAGUUCUCCAAAAUUAAUUGUGAAGAAUCCCUUUAACUUUGAAUCUGGAGCUGAAGUGCAACGGAAGUACCAUCUUGUGGUGCAUAUUAUCGAUGACAACUUGAAAUACAGCAAGGCCAUCAACCCCAAGACAGGCACCACUAUUAUAGAUAUUUAUGUGGCAAGGGCCAAUACCCCAGUGCCUCCGACCACCAGUUUUGAAGUGGAGGACCGUAGUUAA